UCGCUCGUCUGUUUACGCUCGGAGUCGGCGGCGCGCGGGCCUCACGUGGUCGCGGCAGUCCAGCGCAGCCCCCGGAGACGCCGGUACAGUCCACAGCCGCUACAUCGACACCCGCGCCGACGUUACCGCGGCUCAUAAAAAUUCAGUGUUUUCAGCGUAUGCGAUGAAUAAAUUUUGCGAAUCGUGUCUGUGUUACAAAAAGGUUUUCGGUUGCUAUGUUGUUGGGCUUCCACAAGUGUUAGUGAGGAACGGCUCUGAUGCACAUCGACUUUUGGAGGUGAUCCCCAGUUGUGUGAGGCCUGGAGCACCGGGAUACGGCUUCUGUAAGGAUUCCGUGUAGACCGGCGGAAAAACUGAUAGUAUAAGAUAACGCUCCGACCGUCGCCGCGAAGACUCGUGAGGAGGACCAAGUGCCAUUUGAAACCAGUUUACCAGAGCAGUGAUAUUUAGCGUUAGCGUAGUGUUAAGUGUAGUGUAGCAAACAAGCGUAGACUUGUGGUGUUUAGUGAGAAAAGUUACCAAAAAACAACCACGCUGGCUCCGUACAAGGAUAUAAUGAAUUCGUCGGGCAUUAGCGCGGGUGCUGUGCCGAUGAUCAAGUGUGAGGACACGUCUGCGGGGGUGGACGGGGAGGGUGGUGGGGGUGCGGGGGGGUACAACCUCAGUGUGAACGUGAACCUGGCGGCGCCGGUGGGCAGCCUGCUGGCGGCCGAGCAGGGCGGGAACACGCCGCGGACGCCCGAGAUACUCAACUCACUCAUCGCCAUGACCAGCCCGCUUGAACAGUACAACUACCCUGACAAGAACACGGAUGCGGGGUUUAAGAACGGAUGCGGAAAUGACUCCAACUCUUCAAUGUCCAAUGGGUCGUCGGCAACAUCACCUGCCUCGGGCACCCCGCAAAGUAUACAAAAGACCUGCUCGGAGCUCAUCAAAGCCGGCCUGAAGCUGUCCAUCGAGUCGAAGCGCAAGAUGUCGGGCAGCGACACGGACAGCGGCGGCGUGAAGCGGCUCAAGAGGGAGGACAGCGACGACGACUACGACAGCAGCCACACGCUCACCAAGAGCGAGGGGCUGACACCAGAAGACGAGGAGCGGCGGCGGCGGCGGCGGGAGAGGAACAAGAUCGCCGCCACCAAGUGUCGCAUGAAGAAACGAGAGCGGACCGUCAACCUGGUCACUGAGAGCGAGGUGCUCGAGAACCAGAACAUAGACUUGAAGUCACAACUCAAGGACUUGGAAGUGCAAAGACGGAAACUCAUCGACAUGCUCUCCCUCCACACCGCGUCCUGCGUCAAGAACAACUCCAGCAACUCCAACCAGCAGCAAUACAACAUGAUCCGGCCCUAUGAAUCUCCAACCCCCUUCCCAGCUUGCUACGAGACUUCCUCCCCCUACAUCCGACCAGAGUCCGCUAACAUCCUGGCCUCUAGCUACACCUGCGUCACCCCGCUCAAUGGAGACUCCUCAAUCGACACCAUCUCGUCUCUAGACAACUCCUAUUUAGCGCCACAACUCUUAGACGGAGAGUACCAUAGGCCUGACAGCGUCCUCAGUCUAGCACCCAACUCUGAAGGGAACUACAUCACGGAAGGGUACCUCCCAAAGGCCGCUAAUCUCCUGGUCAUUGAGCCAACAGAACAGGAAUACUAUGAGGAGGUCAACUACAAUAUGAACGCAGCCCAACAGUGCCAUACUUACCCCAACCACCACGGAGAUCCGCAGGGCAAAAUUAACAACGGCCUAAACGAUGGCUGCCUCGUUUAGUCGCUAUGGAAGGUGAAAAGUUUCAUGUCGGGUCCAAAUGUAAUAUUGACAUGUACACGUAUGUAUAGUUAAGGAAAGGUGUCAUCAAAGUUAAAUUCGGAAUAGAAUCACCGUUUUGAAGUUUUCUACAUUGCAUAGCAUCGAUAUAACACCGGCGUAAAGUAGAUGUAGGUAUGCUAGGUCACACGCUCGUGAAAUUGUGUUUUCAGGGAAAUAUCAUAAAGGUGGAGUUUAUUUCGAAACGAAAUGAUAUGUCUACUGUGUAGAACAACAACGUAGAUUAGUUCGGUGCCUCUGAUAAACGACAUACUGUGUCCCAUGGUGGAGAUAUCUAACACUGAUAUUCUACAAAAUAAGAGAUUAAAAUUACAAGUUAAAUAGCUAUCGUCGCAUUGUUAAUAUUGUUAUGUAUGACAUAUUAUUUAUUUCAUUUUUAAUUUACGUUUUUAAAAUCAAUAGCGUUGUGAAAUAAUACAAAAACACCGUUGUCGUCUAUAACAAAAGAAACUGUAAAACAGUUUGUUUUAGGUAGGUAUUACACAUUAUUAUAUUUUUAUUUAGAUGUUACAAUCUAACAUAAUUUUAAUAUUUUACGUUUAAUUUCGUAAGCUUUUUAAUUUUGCUUUGCUCUGUGGCAAAAUAUCGACAAUUAAGAUCUGAUUGUGGCGUUAUGAUGAUGAAUGAGUUUAUUUUUGAUGAUUUUUUGAUGAAAUUUAAUUUAUAGUAGUUUCUCAUUUUGUCACAAACAUUUGACAUACCUAACGCGAAAUACAUACUGCAGGCGGGUCAAGCCAGAUUAUCUAUAGUCGUAUCUAGAUUUAAACAAAGUUAAUAACAUCACAGUAACAACUUUUACAAAUACUUCACUUUCAGUACAAUAAAAUUUAAUACCUCUUGUUGAUAUUCCGAUAGUAUAUUUUACGUUACAGAAAUAUUAUAACAGUUUAAUAAAUACACAUAGUAGGCUGUAAGUUUAUGUAAGGUGCUUUAAACUGAGAAUAAGUCGUGAUAUAUUUUAUUAAUAAUUUAAAAUUACUCGUAGCUUUUGUUGUUGAAAGUAAGUUUUAAUGUGCCUAUAAUAAUUAACAUUUUAUAAUAUGAAUGUAUUUGAAAUCGCUUCUUGAGCGCGAAAUGUACAACAUUAUGGUAAAGAAAUCAAGAAAGGCAUACAUGUUCAUGACCAAAAACGUACAAAAGUUUUCAAAGCACAAGAUAAAUCAGUUAGAUGUUUAUGGAAAAUUAUGAAACACAAAUCUUUCAGUUUCAUAAAAAGUUACCGUUGAUAAAUAAAUCUUCAUUUCAUUACUUGGUUCACCAUAGGAGAUAUCAAAGAUUAAUUAAGUACCAGCUACUUACUAUAAUCAUGAUUUAAAAUUCAAAUUUUGAUAUCCUUUCUGAAAGUAAUAUAGUUUUUUUUCAGAUCAAUGUGAUAAUUUAUACUUUUGGAAAAAUAUAAUUAAAUUGUUUCUGGAUACCCCCCUUGUGAAUAAGGCCGUGCCUUCUACCAGUGAUACCUAGUCUUUGACUGCCGACCCAAGAUAGAGCAGUCAAGUCGUGUGAGCAUUUAUUUUUAUAUUGUUGGUUAUUAUAUUGUGAUAAAAUACGUCUAGGACGAAGCAACCGGCACAAGUUUUGUAAUAUCGAGUAUAUAAUGUGAGCCUUAAAUGUCUUUCUUCUUUAAAUACAAUGGACUUCAGACAAUCAGUGGCCUAUGUAAAUUUACAUUCCAAAGGGAUGUUCCUAUUUACCUACUUCUAGUUUUGGAAAACAAGAUUUUGUAAAUAUUUAUAAAUAAAAUCGGGGCUGAAGUGCAUUGUGUUUGUCUCUUUCUACUGUAGCGUGUAGUGAAUGUACCGUCGUAGUAAUCUUAACUGUAAGAUUAACUUAAGAAGGUAUAGUUUAGAUUGACUUCGAGGACUCUUAAACGGAAGUUUCUUCUCAUUUCUCAUUCUUCCUACUUAGUAUAUAGAUGUGAUAAAAGUAUACUAGUUUUAAGGCUUCUAGCGCAGGCCACACUGCCAGCCAACAAAGCUACGGUUGCAAAGUAAGUCGGUAGCUUGCAGUGUGAAAUGUGUGUGAAUCACGAAUAUUGUGCACUCAAGGCGAUAGUAACUCAACAGGCGGUUACUGGAGUUUGAAUGCGUUUUAUUAGUUUCAAACGAUGCUGAUAGGGGCGCUGAUCAAGAUGCCAUACAAGUUGCUAUCGAAUGACCUAUCGACUUGAGUUCGUGAUUCGCACACUGAAGUUUUCAGUAAAGAUGUGAGACGAUGUUUGGCCGUCUAGCUCACUAGAUGGCAGUGAGGCCUGCUCAUUAUAUUUGGUUGUAAAUUUAGACUUGAGAAAAUACUGUUGGCAUAUUUAAACAAUGAUUUUAUUGUUGUUACACAUAUUCGUUUUAACCUAAUAUGAUUUACAAUGAAAUAUGUAUUUAGUACUUGAGUUUAGUAAGAACCUUGGUCUGCGUAAGAGCCAUAAUAUAUUUUUGGAACACAUUUUUGUUUAUACCUUAGAUAUUUUUACUUCAGUUAUAAGGCUAUUCUAGGAAUAGUUAAGAAGUAAAACUUAUUUAACUAUCCAAUAAGUGAAUAUUGUAUUAUUACCGUUGGAAUAUUUGAACGAUUGUGUUUUGUCAUACUGUCACAAAUAUACUUCCAUAUUUUGUAAUCGGUUAAAGUUAAUAAAAACUUAGUUUUUGUAAGCAUUGUUAACAUCACUUGUACCUGCUUUCUAUUUGGAUAUAAUAUUUUGACAGACAAAGCAAAAUUAUUGUGCUUAUGUAUUAAAAAAUAAAUCAUUAUAUUGCAUAAUA